AUGAAGUGGUCGGCUGUUUGCCUACUCAAGCGUGACUUUGAUGCAUGGGCCUACUCCAUUAACUGGCCGCAGCGGAAGUCCCUCUUGCCGCUGCUUGGAUCUGUCAGCUUAACGGUGGAGGACAUCAAAUUUGCGUACAAUGCGUGGUGCCUUCUGCGCCUCGCGAUGUUCUUUGGCACCGGGCACCCCAAAAUAUUGAGUCCACUUGUCAACACCACACCCUCCAUGGACAUCAUUUACGGGGGAAACCGUUUGUUUUACAUGCAUGCCGAAGUCGGGGCAAGCCUUUCGCGAUACAAGCCAAAAGUGGCUCUCACCCCCUCUCAUCCUGAUGCACAGCCAGUACAAAGCUUUCCAUGGAGAAAAGUCAUUCGCGAGGCGGGGGAAAGGCGCACAGACAAUGAGGACUGUGACGGUGGUGUGGAGAUUGUGCUUGGGAUGGAGAAUGGUUUGUCCGAGAAUGUUGUUUCACAGUGUGACUACUGCCUUUAUAUACCCCAGUACGGAUCGAUUGGCUCCCUAUCGAUGAUUUCUGCCAUGGCUAUCGCCUUGCAUUCUGCAGCCAGUGCACAUGUUGAGCAAUGUAUGAGGGAUGACGACAGAGUUUCUCCAUGUUCAUCACGAGGUCAUAUGCCACUGAGCAAUGGAAGUCUGAAGGUGACAAAAGGGGAUAACCUCCCUCAUGAAACAAAUCUUUUGUCACUUUCAAAUGCGGAAAUUGCCGAAAUCCUCAGAGCGAGGCGCAUGUCCUAUCCAAUGCAGCUGUCUGUCAUGGUGUACAAUGAAUUUGGCGACCGAAACAUCGGUGCGAUCAUGCGCAACGCGAAUGUUUUUAAUUGUGAGCAAAUGAUUGUGCUCCAUCGGCGGAAAUUUAACCGCCGCGGGGCACUUGGCACGCAGCACCUCAUAAAUACGUUAUUUUACUCGGGCGUUGAUGAUGCGCAAUGCCAAAAGUCUCUUGAGGGGUACACCAUUUGGUUGCUUUAUCAGUACUAUCCGUAUCUUAAGAUUUAUGAGGACCCAAACGGUGACGAGGACGCCACGUUUAUUCGGCCUGAGAGCUCGCUUUUUCAGGAGUGGCUUCAGUGCAGUCAUGGGAUGAAUCCCGAUCACCCCAUGAUGACUUUUCACGCCUCACAUCUGAUAGGGACUGAUGUAUACCUGGAUGAUUCUGAUUCCGUGCAUGCAGCCGUUCAGCACGCCGCAAAUGAGGGUUACCGCGGGAUAGUCCUCGUUGUUCCGGAAGAGGGGGCGUCGUUUCAGCGUGAAAUUGUGAAAAAAGCGCGCCGAAUUGCAUACGUUGUUCAUCCUGACCGUCUUGCGAGGAAGGUGCAGCGUGGUCUCAAUGGGGCUCUUUCUUCUGCAAUUGCGUUAGAGCGAUUACGAACCGCAAUUGAUGGGUUACAGUGA